AUGUCCACAAAAUCAACUAUAACUACAGAACUAAAUGAUAGUAUUAGUAAUGUUUUGGGUAAAAAUGUAAAAAUACUUUAUAAAUCGUUAAUUCGUAUGGAAUCAAGAGGUGAUAAGGUAGACAACAGGGUUCUAGUUGUGACUGCGUUUAGGAUUUUCAUAACAACUACAAAAAUUCCAACUCGGGUGGACAAUGGAUUUCACUUAAUGGAAAUAGAGGCCCUUGAAAGCAAAAAGGCUAAUCAUCUAUCUAUUACUUUAAUUCAUGAACACAAACCAGUCUCCAUUCUUAUUGGCGAGGAGGGUUCGUCAGACGGUGUUAUAAAUGCAAUACACGCUUUGGCAGCGGCUUUUGAUGAUCUGUUUCCUAAUGUGGCUAUGGAGGAUAUUAUUUCCAAGGUUAACUUACCUUUUCAAAUACAGCCGGUCACUGGUACACGAAAACAUUCAACGUGCGGAGAUUUCUCUAAUCAAUAUGCUGCUAUGUGCGACUUAUGUCAAACGCCAUUUAGGGCAGAGGUGGCCUGGGACAUCGACACGAUAUAUUUAGCACACGAUAUAAGAAUGUUGCAUUUAAAAGAUUUCGAUCAUUUGGAUCAAAGGGACCUGAUACCGUUGGUGAUCGCGCUGCAGCACAACACGUGGUUCGAGGGCGUGUGCGGCGACGGCGUGCGCGUGGGCGGCGAGGCGUGGGAGGCGCUGGCGCGCGUGGUGCGCUGCGCCGCGCCGCCGCCGCAGCGGCUCAGCUGGCGCGGCGCCGCGCUGCGUCACGACCACGCCGCGCGCCUCGGACACGCGCUCGCGCGCGCCCGUCUGCCGCCCGCCAUGCACACCGUAGACUUCUCGCAGAACCACAUCGAGGACAAAGGCGCCAUUAGUAUACUGACGGGCCUGGCGAACAACCCAGACGGCCUGCGGAACAUCGCAUUGUCGCAAUGCGGUCUCACGGGAAAGUCUGUUAACCAUCUUGCCGCCAUGUUGAAUGAUAAUCCAUGCCAUCUCUCUACGUUGUCACACCUGGAUCUAUCCAAUAAUAAUUUAAAAGAUGAUGUACAUAAUCUGUACAAUUUUCUUGCACAGCCGAACGUUUUGACGUAUUUAAAUUUGACUAACACCGAAACAAUGCUUGAAAAUAUUUGGGGUGCGUUAUUGCGUGGGUGUGCGGCGCGGUUAUCUUCGCUACUGGUUGGACGAAAUCCGUGGUCAGCAGCGCGUAGACCCCGGGAUCCACCGCCAUCUUUCCGGCAGUUCUUCACCGCCUGCCUCGCGCUUGCCGACCUCGACUUCUCUCACUGCAAGAUGCCGCCUGAUGUUCUCAAGAGCCUGCUGCUGGGGCUGGCGUGCAACGAGAGCGCGGCGGGCGUGAAGCUGAACCUGGCGGGCGUGCUGAGUUCGGCGCAGGCCGCGCACGUGCUGGAGUCUUGCAUCCCCGGCGUGCGCUGCCUGCAGGCACUCGACCUCUCCGACAACAGUAUGGAAUAUGAAUUAUCAGGGAUAGUGAGAGCUAUAGGAAAGAAUCACUCUAUAACUCAUUUAUCGUUAAGCAGACUAACAGGGAAAAGGUCUUAUGCUCCACCUUUAAUACAAGCAUUGGUGCAUGUUCUGCAGGAGCCAGACACAGCUUUAACAUCUUUAGAUCUUAGUGAUUGUAAACUGAAGGGCGACCUGUACGGGCUGCUGAACGCGUUAGGUGGCGCGCGGCGGCUGCGCACGCUGGACGUGGGCGGCAACGUGGCAGGCGACGCGGGCGCGCGCCUGCUGGCCAAGGCACUGCAGUGCAACUGCACGCUGCAUACGCUGCACAUCGACCGCAACGCCUUCAGCCUGCAAGAGGCGACUGGUGUUUCCCAGAGAAAUGUUGAACGAGUUGUUUGUGAAGUACGCAAUCAAGUUAUAACGGCCGUUGAAGCGUCAACAUCACAACAAUCUACCUCAGGAGAAGGAGAACCACCAGCAUCUAAAACAUUGCUCAAGCUAGCAAGCAACAGCACGGCGGCGCAGUCGCACCGGCUGCGCGCGCUGGCGCUAGAGCGCGCGUGGGCGGGUGGUGAGGCGGCAGCUGCGCUCGCGGCGCAGGCGGCCGCCGCGCUGCCGCCGCCGCCGCUGCCCGCCGCCGUCGAGCGCGCUGCCGCCGCCGCGCACCAUCUGCUGCACCAGUACCUGCAGCGGUGUAGUGAAGUAUUUGCAGCGAUGGGCGGGGCCAACACAAGUGGGGAACUAGUUUCGUUACAGGCAGUGCGAGACGCGAUGGCGCCUUGCAAUACUACGUUGCAAGACUUGCUCAAUGAAGCCGUGGAAAGCUUAGCACUUGCGGCUUGUGAGAGUGUGGACAGUGUGGACAUUGAACCGACGCCAAGUUCCGAAGCUGAUAUACCUGACCUGCUCACACCAAUUUCACAUUCCGGGAAAUUGGAUUAUUUAAAUUUGGCGACGCCGCUGGGCGGGCGGCGGCGCGAGCGCGGCGCUCGGCGCGUGCGGCCCAAGUCGGUGGCGGAGCAGCAGUGCAGUAGCAACGAGAUGCUCUCGCUGCCGCCGCUGCACGCCGAGGCGGCCGACGCGCUCGCCGACCUGCCCGCGCACACGCUGCGGCACCUCGUCAAAGGCACGCACCUUUGUUUAUAUAUACCUACCAGUGCAGCAGCUACGAGAUGCUGUCGCUGCCGCCGCUGCACGCCGAGGCGGCCGACGCGCUCUCCGACCUGCCCGCGCACACGCUGCGGCACCUGGUCAAAGGCACGCACCUUUGUUUAUAUAUACCUACCAGUGCAGCAGCAACGAGAUGCUGUCGCUGCCGCCGCUGCACGCCGAGGCGGCCGACGCGCUCGCCGACCUGCCCGCGCACACGCUGCGGCACCUCGUCAAAGGCACGCACCUUUGUUUAUAUAUACCUACCAGUGCAGCAGCUACGAGAUGCUGUCGCUGCCGCCGCUGCACGCCGAGGUGGCCGACGCGCACGCCGACCUGCCCGCGCACACGCUGCGGCACCUCGUCAAAGGCACGCACCUUUGUUUAUAUAUACCUACCAGUGCAGCAGCUACGAGAUGCUGUCGCUGCCGCCGCUGCACGCCGAGGUGGCCGACGCGCUUGCCGACCUGCCCGCGCACACGCUGCGGCACCUCGUCAAAGGCACGCACCUUUGUUUAUAUAUACCUACCAGUGCAGCAGCUACGAGAUGCUGUCGCUGCCGCCGCUGCACGCCGAGGCGGCCGACGCGCUCGCCGACCUGCCCGCGCACACGCUGCGGCACCUCGUCAAAGGCACGCACCUUUGUUUAUAUAUACCUACCAGUGCAGCAGCAACGAGAUGCUGUCGCUGCCGCCGCUGCACGCCGAGGUGGCCGACGCGCUUGCCGACCUGCCCGCGCACACGCUGCGGCACCUCGUCAAAGGCACGCACCUUUGUUUAUAUAUACCUACCAGUGCAGCAGCUACGAGAUGCUGUCGCUGCCGCCGCUGCACGCCGAGGUGGCCGACGCGCUUGCCGACCUGCCCGCGCACACGCUGCGGCACCUCGUCAAAGGCACGCACCUUUGUUUAUAUAUACCUACCAGUGCAGCAGCUACGAGAUGCUGUCGCUGCCGCCGCUGCACGCCGAGGUGGCCGACGCGCAUGCCGACCUGCCCGCGCACACGCUGCGGCACCUCGUCAGAAGGCACGCACCUUUGUGUAUAUAUACCUACCAGUGCAGCAGCUACGAGAUGCUGUCGCUGCCGCCGCUGCACGCCGAGGUGGCCGACGCGCUUGCCGACCUGCCCGCGCACACGCUGCGGCACCUCGUCAAAGGCACGCACCUUUGUUUAUAUAUACCUACCAGUGCAGCAGCUACGAGAUGCUGUCGCUGCCGCCGCUGCACGCCGAGGCGGCCGACGCGCUCGCCGACCUGCCCGCGCACACGCUGCGGCACCUCGUCAAAGGACGCCCUAGAAGAGCAAAGACGAGAGCUCCUACUCGGCCCAUAACAGACCAAUCUCAAGAUAUUGAUGAAGGGCUGGAUGAGUUCUGGCGCACGUGCCGCACGCCGCCGGGCAGCGAGGAGGCUUCGCUGUCGGGCCGCACGCCGCUCACGUCUCGCUCGCUGCACUCGCUGUCGUCACUCGCCUCGCCCUCGCCGCUGCGCCACUCGCCCACGCUACAGCGCGACGACACUAUGUAUAGCGUAACGUCUGGUGAAAGUACUCCGGUGUUACUAGAAUGUGCAGAAGUGUCGCGCUGCAAGUCGUCGGACAACGUGGGCACGCGCGCGCCGGGCACGCCGCCGCCCUCGCGCUCGUCCGACAACGUCAACACCAUGGGCAACGGGUGGGGGCGCGCGGCGGGCAAGGCGCGGCCGUGGUCCGUGGCCGGCGGCAACGCGGACGCCGCCGCCUGCACCACAGAGGGCGUGGAGGCGUGCGUGGGCGGCAGCAUCGUGGGCAUCACCCCCGGCGCCGCACUAACCAGCUCAAUGUUACGAGAUCAUCCCUUAACUCCAGAAGGCGCGGAGGCCUAG